AUGGCGGUUGAACCACAUUCGAGCUCGCCAAUUCCUGUGGAACAGCUCACCAAGUUCGCAACGGAGGCAUGCGAUACCACACUCGAAGGCGUCGAGCAGUAUGACCACGAAAAGGUCUCGGAAUGGAGCUCAGCCGCUGCAUUGCAUACUCUACCGCAGCAUCAGGGCCAGGGACUAACAUCGAUUGCUGCCGCACAGAAACAAGUCCUUCAAUCUCUUAUUGCCGCGAUACCCUCUGACGAAAACGACAAUGAAGACAGCAAGCCAGACCACUCAAAACCCACAUAUCGGUUCAACGUCACCUGCACAAUCAUACAGCAAGGCUUCUCAAGCAAAGAGGGGUCUACCACCGUCGAGGCUGCUGGGCGACGGGGCAUGCACUGCGCGUCAGGGGCGUACUGGGACACCAAACACGACGGCAUGUGGACGUACAAGCAUCCUGCUGGAGAGGAAAAGGGCAUGGACCUGGUCUUGAACAUCGUCUGGUUUGGAUCUUUGAGAUAA